GAGCCGACCAAUCAGGAAGCGACCAGCGCUGCUGCACCGCCACUGCAGGACGCUUCGGGGCUGGCAGAGUGGCCUCGUUUAGCCACGUUAAUGAAUUAAAGAGCGAUGCCAUAAGUAGCGUUUGAUGUGGGUCCAGACGGCGGAUAUGUAUGUCAAUCAGCAGGGACCAUCAGAUAACCGGAACGCUGUGAGGGAGUGAGUGACAGCUGUCAUCUCGGUUAGCUAGCAGCCAAACCAGUUUAGCUCAGACUGGCUAACUGGUCCGCCCGUCGCUUUAGCGCGGACACUUCCGCAUGGAUAUGAUCCUGUCUGUAGUAAAUGUGUGUAUUACUUGAACUGCCCCGACGCUGUCUUUGUAAUCAUGAGUUAGAUCACGUCUCAACCGGGGUUUGGUGAUACUCUGAGGUCCGGUUAGCUUUAGCUGGGGUCUAGCUACCUGCUUUCAUUCAUUAUUUAAAGCCUUGUCGUAGCCACCCGCUGACGUCACCGGGGUUUGGAAACAAUCGGUUGUAUCGACUAUUAGUCGGUUUCAUCGGGCUUCUCAACUGAGUGUCGACCACACGUCGGACAACAUGAAGAAGUUCUUCGACUCGCGUCGGGAGCUGGUGGGCUCCGGGCCUGGUCCCGGAGCCCCGGCGGGGGGCCUCGGCUCCGGCGGUGGAGGAGGCUUCAUCGGACGGGUCUUCAACAUCGGACGCUAUCAGGUGACCGUGGAGGAGACCAUCGCUGAAGGUGGUUUCGCUAUCGUUUUCCUGGUGCGCACACACCAGGGGGUACGAUGUGCCCUCAAGCGGAUGUACGUCAACAACGAACACGACCUGCAGAUCUGCAACCUGGAGAUCCAGAUUAUGAGGGACCUGGUGGGGAACCGAAACAUCGUGGGCUUCCUGGACUCCAGCAUCACUGCGGUCGGGGCUGGCGACGUGUGGGAGGUCUUCAUCCUGAUGGACUUCUGCCGAGGGGGACAGGUGGUGAACCUGAUGAACCAGAGGCUCCAGACGGGCUUCUCGGAGGCCGAGGUGCUGCAGGUCUUCUGUGACACCUGUGAGGCGCUGGCCCGUCUCCACCAAUGCAAAACCCCCAUCGUCCAUAGGGAUCUCAAGGUGGAGAACAUCCUGCUCCACGACCGGGGGCACUACGUGCUCUGUGACUUCGGGAGCGCCAUCAACCGCUUCCAGAACCCUCAGACAGAGGGUGUGCCACUGGUGGACGAGGAGAUCAAGAAGUACACCACGCUGUCAUACCGGGCCCCAGAGAUGGUUAACCUCUACGGAGGCAAGGUCAUCACUACUAAAGCAGAUAUAUGGGCCAUGGGUUGCCUGCUCUACAAGCUCUGCUACUUCACGCUGCCCUUCGGAGAAAGCCAAGUAGCCAUCUGUGACGGCAGCUUCACCAUUCCUGAUAACUCGCGCUACUCCCAAGAAAUGCACUGCCUCAUCAGAUACAUGCUGGAACCCGACCCCGACAAAAGACCAGACAUCUACCAAGUAUCCUACUUUGCUUUUAAGAUGGCCCGACGGGACUGUCCGAUUCAAAAUGUGCACAACGCGUCCAUCCCCACCAAGCUUCCUGAGCCAAUCCGAGCCAGUGAGGCUGUGGCCAAGAAGAGUCAGACCAAAGCCAGGCUCACCGACCCCACCCCCACCAUGGAGACGUCCAUCGCCCCGCGGCAGAGACCCAAGGCCGGCCAGCCCCAGCCCAUAGCCGGAAUCCUGCCCAUCCAGCCAGCCCUCACCCCCCGCAAGAGGCCCAGCGCUGCAGCGGGCGGACCCCAGGCCAUAGGUACCUUUCUAGUCCUAACAAGGGCCACAGAGCGGCAUGUGGCCCACUUUGUGUCCCCUCCACACACACUUGGUUUCCGUCCCCUUAAAAAAACCCUCUUCCCUCCAUGUGUGGGCGUCGGAGCCUCCCUGCCCCCGCAGGCCGCUGCUGCCCCCGCCGUCCCAGCGGACCACACGGCCCCCCCGGUGCAGGCGGGCCCCCAGCCCGGCCCCAGCGUCACCCUGCUGGCCCAGGCUGCCGCCCAGCACCAGCAGCUGUUCCUCCAGCAGCAGGCCGCUGCCUUCAUGGGCCCCCAGCAGCAGGCCGGCCAGAAGCAUCCCCUGGGGCAGAGCCUCCAACCAGUCCAGCGUCAGCCACAACAUUAUCAACAGCAGCAGCACAACCAUCCCCAUCGCCUCCAUCAGCAGCAGUCAGCCAGUGGAGCCUCUGGCCCCACGCAGUCCAUCCCUCACCCUGUUCCUCCCAGCGCCCCGCCGCAGUACCAGCAGCAGCCUGUAGCUCCUGCAGGGGCCACAGGCCACGCUCCAUACCUGGGUGCCAUCCCUGAGUCUCUAGCCGUUGACCCCCUGACCGCAGCGGAGGCCAUGGCGGGCGGCCGUACGUUCCACAAGGUGGGCUCUCUGACCCCCCCCUCGUCUCCAAAGAUGGCGGCCAAGGGCGGCCACCGGCGCAUCCUCAGCGACGUGACGCACAGCGCCGUGUUCGGCGUGCCGGUCAGCAAGUCCACCCAGCUGCUGCACGCCGCGGCGGCCGAGGCCAGCCUCAACAAGUCCAAGUCCGCCAGCACCACGCCGUCCGGGUCCCCGUGCUCCUCCCAGCAGAGUGUGUACCAGGCCGGGGAGCCCGGCGCCCCCCCGGCCGCUGCCGGCGCCCCCCAGCCCACCUGGAACCCCUUCGGAGACGACAACUUCUCCAAGCUCACGGCGGAGGAGCUGCUCAACAAGGACUUCGCCAAGCUGGGCGACGCUGAACACGGGGAGAGGAUCACAGGCUCCAGUGAAGACCUCAUCACAGGCCUGCAGGCCUUUCCUGCUGAAAGGGCAGCUGACACGCUGGGGUUGGAUGCAGGGGCGGCAUUAGUGAGUGUCCCCAACCCGUUUAAUGCCCUCCAGCUGUCAGACACCACAGGGAAGCUGAUCGAGGGGCUGCAGACCCCCGAGACUUCUCUCCUGUUCCCUGACCUGUUAGCCCUCGCUGACCCCUUCAGCACCUGCACCCAGAGCUCCAGCUCGACUGCAAAGACCGAGGUGUGUGUGGACUCCCUGAUCCCAGGUCUGGAGCCCCCGCGACACGCUGCCCACAUGGACCUGGGCUCCCUCAGCCUGCCUGACGCCUUGGUUGUGGAGGACUCUCUGCUGGGCUGUGACCUCCUCUCCCUCAACUCCACUCCCGGGGCCCCGGCUCUCUCUGCUCUCUCCCUCCCCUCCUGCGCCCCUCCCCCUGGUGCCGUCUCCUGUCUGGACGACCUGGUCUCCGUAGCGCUGACCCCCGGUCAGGCAGCGGCACCUUCUGACUCUGGGGAAAAGGCACCCGAGGACGAGUUUGACCCCAUCCCCGUCCUCCUCUCCAAAACCCCCAACCAAGAACUGCAGGGAGACGGCACUGGCUCCAUGGAGCUCAGCAGGGGAGCACUGAGCGGGGGGCCGCAAGAGGGGCCCUCUCCCGAAGCCUCAGACUGUGAUCACUCCAGCGACGAAGAAGACGACGAUGAAGAAGAAGAAGAAGAGGAAGGGGAGGAGGAUGCCAGGGAGACGGCCAGCGGGGCUGAGGAGCCGCUGGGCGCGGCGGACCCCCUGGAGGGGGACCUGACGGCCCUGGACAGCAGCGGCUCCAGACCUCUGCUGCUGGACUCUGAGGAGGAGGAGGACCAGGAGCCCGGCUUCCAGGCCCGGCCCGCCGUACACUCCAACGCAUCUCAGGCCCAACAGCCGCCGCCGCCGCCCGCCGCCUUCCACAAACCUCUUCCGGCGGACCCCUCGGCCAGCAACCACGCCCUAGCCCCGCCCCGGCCCCUCGGCGAGCUGGAGGCUCCGGACGUCUUCUCCAAAGCACCGUUUCAGUUCGCGCAGGACGAGGUGGCGGAUGUGUUCGCCAACGCUCCGUUCCCGCUCGCCAACGUCCAUGGCGCCGCCGGCGAGCCCUCCCCCGAUGUGUUCUCUCAGGCCCCCUUCGGGAAGAGGAAGGAGGACCCCCAGGGGGGCCUGGGGCAGGUGGCGCCGCAGCCAUUCCGACCGCAGGCGCUGGCUAAGUAUUCGCGGCACUUUGAGGGGCCGUCGCCCCAGCAGCCUGUGGCCGCACAACGGGUGGUCUCCAGCGUGAGCCAGCAGGCGGCGGUGGGCUCGGUGCCAGUGGGGGCAGCGGCGCACUCCUGGACCUCGGAGCCGGCCCCCGCCCUGGACCCCUUCGUCUCGGCACCUUUCCACCUCAAAGCUCCUCAGGAGAAGCCCUGAAUGACACACACUCGCAUAAAUUCACACAGACACACACACACAGACAGAGAGAGAAAGACACACACACACACACACACACACACACACACACACACACACACACACACACACACACACACACACACACACACACACACACACACACACACACACACACACACACACACACACACACACACACACACACACACACAGAGCAGUAAACAAGUGAGUGGCUAAAUCAUGCACACUACUCUACAGGCACACAGCGAGGGGGCUUUAUGGCAUGUUGUAUGAGAUGAGGCUGUUCCGCAAACCAGCAGCGUCUUAUAUUUGGUCCGAUUGUACGAGGCUGUCACUAAACUUGAAUGCUGCAGAAGUAUAAGAAAUUCAUCAGUUUCUUUUUUCUUAUUUUUUAGCAUAUCUUUUAAUCUUUCGGUACGCACUCGCAGAGGACAAGGUAGCCACAUAUUUGUAUUCCUGCCUACCUCACUGUUUUCUUAUCCAUUAAUGAUCUGCAGUUGUAUUUCCUUAACACCUGAGCUUUACUGUGAAACUGUAGACUCGCCUGAGGGAUCCCUUCUGCUCCUUAGUAACUCCAAAGUGAACGGCCCUGCGUGGCUGAGACUCACGAUUGUAUGUUCUCAAAGAUGUUCAAGAAGUGUAAAAAAAAAAGCACUUUGUUUUCUUAACACCAAUCUCUGUUUUUCGUAUCAUUUACACUUAUGUUUGGCGUUUCAAGCAUUCAAAUGCCUUAAAAAAGGCAUUCUGAAAUUACAUCCUCAAAUUCUCUAAAAAUAUUUUUGUUGGCUAAAUAUACUUCACAAACUGCUGAGCAGUAGAGCAGACCGGUAGUUUCCAUUAGCAAUGACUAUGAUGUAUUAUGAUACAAAAAGUUAGUUCUUCGGCUGUGCAACUGAAAUCCACCCCUUUUCUUAUGUGUACUGUAUCAAGUAAUCAACAUCACCGGCCAGCCUUAUUCAAACACCAGACAGCUCAACUAACACACAGGUUUGCAUUCUAUCCAUCCAUCGCUCAGAAUUUGCUCCUCCAGCAUGUGGUAUGUUGCCUCUGCAAUGGAAACAUAAUGUAUGCUAUAUCACAGGUGCCUUUUUACGUUGGCCUUCCAAAUCAAAUGCUGCAUUUUACGCAUUAUUUUUUUUCCCGGAACCAAAUACUUGUACCACUGCAUUGUCUGCCGUGCAUGAAGCCAUCAACAAUGCUAUCAUGGACCGCUGCGUCAGAUCAGAAUAUGUGCUCACUCCAAUAACUUCUGGUGGGCAAUUGAAUUGAGUGUUUAAUGAGGGUCAGUUAAUUGUGCUGGUAGUGUCCUCAAGCAGCACAGCUUCAUCCACUGCACUCGUGCUUGAAGCACCAGUCGCUGGUACUUCUGCUCAUGUUGUCUGGCUGGGGGGUGUCUGAGUGGAGGCUUGUAUCGGCGCAUCCUUCCUGGUGGAUCUCCGUAACCAUGGCAAUAUUGUAUUGCCUCCUGCUUUGUAAAAUCCCAAGGCAUUUUGAAGUUCAACUUUUAAGCACAUUUAAGAAAAAGAGGAACUAACAAAAAAUGUAUGCUGAAGUGUAUUGUAUAAUCCUUUGAUUUCUCUGUGGCUGUUAUGUUUUUUUCUCCAAUGUACAAUCUUUUUAUAAACAUUCAGCUGUCACCCAACCUGCACAAAUGAAGGCCGCACACGGUAACGGACCGCCUGGACUGUGUUGAUGAUGACACUGCUGUAUGAGGUUUAUACUAUAUGUAUUUUGAUCAGUCCGUUAUAAGAUGCGUGUGGAGGGUUCAACAGGUUCAGAUGCGGAAAACUAGCACUCGUUAAAAUAAUUGAGUCAUGCUGUAAAGCUUGCCUUUUGAAAAAAAUAUUAAAUGAAUGUAAAGACAAUUUUUUGGUUAUGUUUUUAUUAAUGAAUACAUUUGAUUGUAUUAAGCUCAUUUGAAUACAAUGUUUAGGCUGUGGGGAUUCCUUGAAUGUCAAUUUUAUUUAUAUAGCGCAUUUACAGACUGCUUAGCCGGACCAAAGUGCUUUACAGUAAAGUGCAAUAUUGCAGGAAGGCACAAAAACAAACAAUAAAUAAGAAGCGCAAUAAAAUAUAACAUUUAAAAACUAUAUUCUACUGCAUCAAGUUAGAUGCUAGCCAAAGGCAUGUGAAUAGAGGUAUACAAAUAGUUGAUAAACGUCCGUCAACACCGACAUCGUACAGGAUAUCUACCUGCUGUUUCUCCCGGAAUUCAAGAAGCCACGUUACAUUUUAUUCC